AUGCUCGUGUCUGUGGUUUCGGUAGAUGCCAAGCUGCAAUCCAAGACAAGCGAUCCCUGCGUCACGGAUUUUGAAGUCACCGGAAGGGUCAUUUCGGUCAAUGCUACUUCGGUUAAUGUGGAGGAAGGUGAUUUGAUAUCGUUUGAUUCCUACAAUGUGGACAAAGAAGCUCCAGGAUGCCUGGGGUAUGCGGUUGGCCCGUUGCCUCCUCUCCAACUGGAGCCAGGAUGGUGUGGCAAGGUCUAUCUCAAAAAGUCGAAUGAUGAUAAUCAAGAUGGAGCGUUGUCCAUUGCAGCACAUGGACAUAGUUUUGUCGCUGCCGCCGAUCCGGAUGACUGCAAAAAGGCACUGGAGUAUGGACAUGUCAAGGCACUCGAUGUUAGCGACAUGGAUGGUGCUACUGGGGUGGGCUUGAUUGAUGUGGCUGCGUAUUAUGAGGGUGACAAAGAGGAUAGAGAAAGCGACAAGAACUCUGUUGGCUCCACAAUUCACAGCAUACUACCGGCCAUAUCCGGAACAGCCGUGUUUUUGUUGCUUCUCUGA